AUGGAUUAUGAGAAUCGGUCUAAACAGGAUUCAGUACAAAAUCGGCUUUGGUGGUCAAUCCUUCUCCGGGACAGAAGUCUCUCUUUGGGGCUUCGACGUCGCGCGAAAGUCCUCUCUUUGGAAUUGGGCAUGAUAAAAGAUCUUCCAAAGAAAGAGGAAUUCGCUGCUGAGAUAAACGGUUCUCACGUAUACGACUCAAACACCAAGGACACGUUGUUCCAGGUCUUUCAGAAGCAAUGUCAACUAGCAAUACUUUUGACUGAGAUGGUAUCCCUUGUCUUCGGGACACAUGGACUUUCGCUGCCGGUUCUGACACCAGAAAGUCUGCAUGAUACACUCCUCAUUCUCAACAAGACCAAAACCUCCCUAGCACUCUGGAAAAGAGCCUCUUCCAUCUCAUCUUUUACAAAGGCGAAUGUUCACAAUGCAGUUGUCAACUUUGCGCAGUUUACAAUGAUGCACUACCACGGUGCCCGAAUGGAUCUUGCGCAUUAUGAGGCGUUUUUGAUUGAGAAACACUCCAACUUCGUUGGGCCCGAUUAUGCCUAUCGAAUGUCUCAUGUGGGCAAUAUUCUCCUUGAUGCGACUACUAAACUGGUCUCGAUUAUGCAAUAUUUCAACGAGAAGGGGCACAUUCAGAGUUUUCCGCUAGCUUUGCUUGGACAUGUGGCCAUGCCUCUUGUCCUUAGUGCCAUUAACUUCAAGCUCUCAUCUUCGGAGCCUGAGAUGAUCGCCCGCCGCGAGUGUCUGCAACUUCUGGGCGAAUUAAUGUCCCACUCACGGCGAUUUUAUUACAUUGGAGAUUUUAUUAGCUCCCAGACAGAUGUCAUUCUCAAGUUGGCAUAUCUGACCUCCCAAGAGAUCUUCGCUCAAGAUACUCCGGAUAGUCUUUCUGAGAGUCAUCGUGAGCACGGUUAUUCGCUCACUGACACGGCUCGGUCCAGGAGUGAGAUCCCAAUCGUAAAGGGCCCGGCAAAAAAUUGGCACGACGCCUUCUUGAGAUAUCCUCGAGCGUACCUUUUGAUAUCCACAACAAUCGACUACUUCUUCUCUGUUGGUCGAUUGCCACAAGAUAACUCUCUCCCUGAGUUAGUUCGCUCGAUGCCACCAAUGGGCAGAAUAAAGUUGCCAUGGGCAUCUCAAACAGAAUUUUCGGGCAAGAAAUUGAAACGAAAGCAAAGUAAAUUGGACAUUGAAAAGGUAAGUCAGCCCCCAAUCUGGUCAGGUCCCGUGAGCUUAUGGCAACCGGAGAAGAGGGCCCGGCUGUCUGUGAUGUCGAGCACCGCUCCUCAUUCCUCUGAGGACCAAACCGACCAUCAAGACAACACACUCAAUCUCGAUUAUCUCCCAAUAUCUGCUCUUUUCAACGCAAAAGGUCUCUGUCCGGACCCAAAAACCGAAUUACCUGCGUCGGAAUCGGGGGAAAACUUUGGGGUCGAGGAAGAGGAAGACCCAUGGGACUUGACCGAGGCUACAAUCGCUUAUGACGAAUUUAUAAGCACCUUAUAA